AAGGGUUAGUUUUAGAGGUGGGGUGGGGGGGGGGGAAACACCGACUCCCCCCAAGCGAGUGGGUUGGGAAGUGUGAUGAGAUGGCAGCAGCAGCCCGGUGUGUGUGUGUGUCUUCAAUAAGAAGCAGCGGAUAUUAACCCCCCACCUCACUCAGCCUGACACAGGGGAGAGACAGGCCGGAGUUUGUAACGCUUAUCUCCCUCUCUGGAUGGCUCCGAGUCACUGGCAUCCGCUGCGGCUUUAGUCUUAAACCCCCUCCCCGCCCCGACAGCAUCCUGACCCAAGCGCCGAAGCGCAGCCCCGCACCCCGGUUAGCCCGCAACUUCCCUUCCCUACACCCACCCCCCCCCCCCCCCCCCCCCCGGGCUGCUGAGCGCCCAUCAUGACCGAAGGGGCUGCCCCCGCCACGGGGUCCGCGGCGGCCGCGCCGCUGGACAUCGACAUUGACCCCGACUUCGAGCCGCAGAGCCGGCCCCGCUCCUGUACCUGGCCCUUGCCCCGGCCCGACUUCCCCGCCUCCUCUCCCCCGGGCAAGAACGAGGCGUCCGAGGCUUCCGAGAUGAUCCCCGAGGAGGAGGAGGAGGAGGACGACGACGAGGAGCAGCUCGGCCCGCCGCUCGCCUCGGCCGUCGGGGGAGAGCCGGAGCCGCCGGCAACCGGAGGUGGAGAAAGCUUGAAGAAGAAGAAGCAACAGCAGCAGCGGCCGCCGCCGGCCGGGGCGAGCGGCCCCCGGGGCUCUCGCUCGCCGUCCUCCGCCCACUCUCCCGGCGGCGGCCUCGGUGCAGGGGGAGCCGCGGGGCCCCAGCAGCGGAAAGCCUCGUCCCGCAGGAACGCUUGGGGCAACAUGUCGUACGCGGAUCUGAUCACGAAAGCCAUCGAGAGCUCUCCGGACAAGAGGCUCACCCUGUCCCAGAUCUACGACUGGAUGGUCCGCUCCGUGCCCUACUUCAAGGAUAAGGGGGACAACAACAGCUCGGCGGGCUGGAAGAAUUCAAUCCGCCACAACCUUUCACUGCACAGCAGAUUUAUCAGGGUACAAAAUGAAGGUACAGGCAAAAGUUCUUGGUGGAUGAUCAAUCCAGAUGGUGGAAAAGGUGGGAAGUCUCCACGACGACGUGCUGUUUCCAUGGACAAUAGCAACAAAUAUGCAAAAAGUAGGGGAAGAGCAGCAAAAAAAAAGGCAGCUCUGCAAGCUGCACAAGAAAUUAAUGCUGAAAGCCCAUCGCAACACACAAAAUGGCCUGGUAGCCCAACAUCCCGCAGUAGCGAUGAAUUUGAUGCAUGGACAGACUUUCGUUCACGUACAAACUCAAAUGCCAGUACCUUGAGUGGCCGGCUUUCUCCUAUAAUAGCCAAUCCUGAACUUGACAAUGUUCAAGAUGAUGAUGCGGCUCCACUGUCUCCCAUGUUGUACUCUAGUCCAUCCAGUGUUUCCCCCACUGCAAGUAAGCCAUGUACUGUUGAACUGCCUCGGUUGACUGACAUGGCUGGGACCAUGAACCUGAAUGAUGGAUUGACAGAACAUCUGAUGGAUGAUUUACUGGACAAUAUUAGCUUAACCCCGGCUCAGCAGUCAUCACCUGGGGGCCUCAUGCAAAGGAGCUCAAGUUUUACGUAUGGCUCAAAGAGUUCUGGUUUAAGUUCCCCAAACAGUUUCAGCAAUUCCAUAUUUGGACCACCUGCUUUGAAUGCUUUGCGACAGACUCCCAUGCAAACCAUUCAGGAAAACAAGCAAGCUACUUUUUCUUCUAUUUCUCGUUUUGGCAGCCAAACUUUGCAAGAUCUGCUUGCCUCUGAUUCUCUAAGUCACAGUGAUGUCAUGAUGACUCAGACAGAUCCUCUGAUGUCUCAGGCAAGCUCUGCAGUAUCUUUACAAAAUUCACAUAGAAAUCUGAUGCUUCAUAAUGAUCCAAUGAUGUCAUCCUUUCCUGCCCAAUCCAAUCUGGCAAAUCAUAAUCCGUUACAUCGCCAGUCUCCACCUCAGAGUUCCGCACUUAGUGGCGAUAGUGCCUUGUCAAACUCCAUGAAUCAUGUAGCUUUACCAACAGACUCCAACACAAUCUCCAGUAAGCACCAGCUUCAAUCAUCUGCCAAUCAAUCUAUGCAAAUAGGAUUGUCCGAUACAUUCUCUGGCCCUCCCUUAUAUCCUGGUAGCAUGAUCCUUCCUGCUAUGGGUCAAGACAAGUUCCCCAGUGAUCUGGACUUGGAUAUGUUCAAUGGAAGUUUAGACUGUGAUGUGGAAUCCAUCAUUCGCAAUGAGCUCAUGGAUGCAGAUGGGUUAGACUUUAACUUUGAUUCACUCAUAUCUGCUCAGAAUGUUGUGAACCUGAAUGUGGGAACCUUCACUGGUGCUAAACAAACAUCAACACAGAGCUGGGUUCCAGGUUGAAAUUGCCUUACAAUGGUGGAAGCAGGUUAGUGACCUGAAGACUUUUGCCAAAUCUGCUGUCAAGAUGAUAUGAAUUGGAUUAUAGCAAGUUUAUUUGACAGCUGUAAAUCUAACUUUUUGCCUGCAGUGGGGUCAAUUCUGGGAAUUGCAUCUCAACCAACAUGAAAGACAUAAACCAGAAGAAUACGAACUACAGUUAAAAUGAACCCUGAACUGUUUAAAAGUGAAAUCCUAUUGUUUAAGCUGUAUAGUUUCCUGUGUCCCAUUAUCUUAGCCCUGUAUAAAUUGUUGGUUGG